AUGGAAAUUGAGCAGAGCACAAGCGAUGCAGCACUAAGUGGAGGAGUCAGAAAUGGUAUCGGAAACUUCCAGCGAGGCAGAAUAAACUCUGCACCGUCUAGUAGAUGCAACCAAGCACCGAUUGAGAGAUUGGGCUUGAAAAUCCACGAGCUCUCAGAAUAUAUCAAGGACAGGAAUAAUGUCCAUGGAGUGAUAAAGAAGUUAGUCAGGACGAUUGACACAGCAUAUCACCUGGCGCUAAAGGAUUUUAUAGCUGCGUCGAAAACAGCUUCAAGCAAGACGGUGCAAGCUACUCAAACCUCUCCCAGUACGACUUUCCCGACGAGUGUACCGAAAACACCUGACCACACGUCUAAAGAGUCAAACCCGAAAAAGAGGCCACUAUCGACGCCAAGUCCCACCUCCGGACUAGAUCUCCAGCUGUCCAAAAAACAGGCCCAAGGCACCUGGGCUGAAGUGACCCGGCGGGGAAAAAAGAAGAAAGUAUUACAAAACCCGGGAGUAACAACGAAAGAGGCUCAAAAGCCGCAAGAUAGAGAUGGCCCUAAAAAUAGCCACCGCAAAACAAAGAGAAGAAGACAAAGAACCAAAGCUGUCCUUGUACAACCAGCGGAAGGGCGAACGUACGCAGAUCUCCUAAAAGAGAUCAAAGCGAAAGUGAACCCAACUGAGACCGGCGUGGACAUAAAGUCCAUCAAGCAGACGAGACAAGGGGGCGUCCUACUGGAAAUGAGCCCCAAAUCCGAGGACAGUGCAGCUUUUGCUGCCGCAAUAAAGACGGCAACCGAAAACAUCGGUACGGUAAAAACACUGACGCCACUGACUACGAUAGAGAUUCUCGAUUUGGACGGAGUCUCUACCGAAAACGAUGUUCGUGAAGCUCUUAAGCGGGACUCUACGAUUAACAUGGAGAUUAAACGGAUCAACCUGACCAAAGUGACAGCACGGGGACAACGUGCGGCUUUCUGUGAAAUUGACGAGGCUAGCGCGAUUAAGGCACUCGACAAAGCUCGCAUAAAAAUCGGAUGGGUGAAUUGCCGCAUCCGUCCAGUCGUUAAAGUGAUCCGCUGUUUUAGAUGUCUCGGUUUUGGUCACCAAGCGAAUAAGUGUGCGGGACCAGAUAGAAGCCAAUGCUGCUACAAGUGUGGCGGAAAAAAUCAUAAGUCUGCUGACUGCAUAGAAGAGCCGAAAUGUUACCUAUGUGCACUGGAUAAAGAAGACAAGAACAGUGUAGGCCAUAUUACUGGCUCCAAGGAGUGUAAGGCGUUCCGCACGGCACUUGCCGAAGCCACGAAAGAGCAGAAAUGACGCGGGUACUUCAAGGUAACC